ACUUCCUGUUGCCUCCGUUGCUAAGUUACAGCUGCUAUGCGCUCCGUCCAUCCACUAACAGAAGCUAGCUUGAUGCUAUAUUUACGUUUCUUCGAGUACACACACUCCAGGUUUCCUGUUUUUAUUGUUGAAACAACUCGUUUGGAACCAUGACAGCUAUAAAAGACGGGGAAUACACGGCUACGAUCUACAAACUGAUUAAAGAAGGGCAGUACGUGGAAGCAAUUCAUAUCCUUAAUGGCCAACUCCAGAAACACACAAAGUCCAGGGCUGCACUAUCUCUGCUGGGCUUCUGCUACUAUCACAUCCAGGACUUCACUAACUCUGCAGAGUGCUAUGAGCAGCUGACCCAGCUGCACCCAGAGGUGGAGGAGUAUAAGGUGUACUACGCCCAGUCCCUGUACAAAGCUGGUGCUUAUCCCGAAGCCACCAAGGCCUCAUUCUCGCUGGAUAAUCCAAACAGUCACAGCAAGAUGGUAAAGCUGCAAGCAUGCAUCAAAUACUGUGAGGAAGAUUACUCUGCUGCCAAGUCACUACUGGAGCAGCUGCCCCAGGAGGAUGCAGACUACAUCCACAAUACGGGCUGCUUGCUCUACCAGGAUGGCAAGCACGAGGAGGCCUGCAAGAAGUUCACGUCUGCCAUGCAAGUGCUGGGAUAUGUUCCAGCGUUGUCCUACAACAUCGCCCUGUGUUACUACAGCCUGAAAAACUACGCUCAGGCUCUUAAGUACAUCGGAGAGAUCAUCGAACGAGGCAUCAGGGAGCAUCCAGAGCUGAGCGUGGGAAUGACGACCGAGGGCAUCGACGUCCACAGUGUGGGCAACACUCUGGUGCUUCAUCAAACCGCCCUGAUUGAAGCCUUCAACCUCAAAGCUGCCAUCGAAUACCAGCUGAAGAACUUGAAAGGAGCUCAGGAAGCUUUAACAGACAUGCCCCCCAGAUCAGAGGAGGAGCUCGAUCCAGUGACCCUCCACAACCAGGCUCUGGUGAACAUGGACGUUAAGCCGUCAGAGGGUUUUGAAAAGCUGGCCUUCCUGCUGCAGCAGCCCUCCUUUCCACCCGUCACCUUUGGAAACCUGUUGCUGCUCUACUGCAAACACGAGUACUUUGACCUGGCAGCUGACGUCCUGGCAGAGAACGCACACCUCACCUACAAGUUCCUCUCCCCGUACAUGUAUGAGUUUCUUGAUGCUUUGCUGACCUGCCAGACGGCACCAGAGGAGGCUUUCAGGAAGUUCGAUGAGAUGAACGGCAAACUAACUGAGCAGUUACGCAAGCUGGCCAAGCAGGUGCAGGAGGCUCGGCUUGUUCGAGACGAUGAAGUGCAGAAGAAAGCUUUACAGGACUACGACCUGAUGCAGGAAAAGUACAUUGUGGUCCUCAUGGCUCAAGCGAAGAUCUACUGGAACCGGGAGAACUUCCAGAUGGUGGAGAAGAUUUUCCACAAGUCGGUGGAGGUGUGCAACGACGACGACACCUGGAAGCUGAACGUCGCACACGUGCUCUUCAUGCAGAGCAAGUACAAGGAGGCCAUCGGCUUCUACGAGCCCAUCGUCAAGAAACACUACGAUAACAUCCUGAAUGUGAGCGCUGUGGUCCUGGCUAACCUGUGUGUGUCCUACAUCAUGACCAGCCAGAAUGAAGAGAGCAGGUCUAGACUGUACUCUAUGUGGCACGUCCACAGCAGCAGAGAUCCAGAGGAGCCUACGAGACAAGGGAGCUCAGGGACUCCAGAAAGGUCUAUGGCCGAGGAGCUGAUGAGGAAGAUCGAGAAAGAGGAGGAGCAGAUCUCCUACGAUGACCCUGAUAAGAAGGUCUUCCACCUCUGCAUCGUCAACCUGGUCAUCGGAACGCUGUACUGUGCCAAAGGGAACUACGAUUUCGGCAUCUCCCGUGUCAUCAAAAGCCUGGAGCCGUACAAUAAGAAGCUGGGAACGGACACAUGGUUCUACGCCAAGCGCUGUUUUCUGUCUCUGCUGGAGAACAUGUCCAAACACAUGGUCAUGCUGAGGGAUGCUGUGGUACAGGAGUGUAUUCAGUUCUUGGAGCACUGCGAGGUGUACGGUAAAGAGGUUCCUGCCAUCAUCGAACAGCCUCUGGAGGAGGUCCGCAUUCACAUCGGCAAGAACACCGUCACCUAUGAGGCCCGGCUGCUGAAGGCUCUGUUCUACGAGGUCAUUGGCUGGAAUAAGUGACAUCAUCAUCACACAGGUGUCAGCGAGAGGUUUGCAGACUUCCAUGAAGCGGAUGUGACGUCACUGAGCAGAGACAGCAAUUUCUGUGUCUAUCAUUGAUGCAAAAGACAAUGAGCAGGAGGCAGUCAUCACACACACACACACACACACACACACACACACACACACACAUACAUACACUGAUGUAUUUUGAGUUAAGCCUUCUGUACAAGGGAAUCAAAACGAUUUCCAGUUACUGACUUCAUUUGGGCAGCUUCUCUCUCCUCUCUCACACACACACACAUCCCAGGAAGGGCUUUUAUUUUGAAGUUGAGCAGGAGGAGUUGGGCCUCAACAGAUCUUAUGUAAUCAGUUUCUUUACUUCAACUGAGGCUCCUCUUCACAGAUGUCAAAGUCAGAGAUAUUUUGUUCUCAUCACUACCUUCUGAUAUGGAUGAUAACUUGUUAAAAAAAACAUAGCAUACUUUGUUUUAUCAGUUGUUUAUUCUCUAACAUGAAUUACAUGAUAACAUUUUGUAUGCAAGUUUAUUAACAUGAAUUCUAAGUCCAUGCAUAUACCCUCUGAUGUCAGUGCUGGCCCUCUCUACGGCUCUGUAUAUAAUACGUUUGUGGAAAACGAUUAUUUAAAUAAAAUAAAGAGUAUUAUUUUUGGAUGAAAACAGUAA